AGGGUCACAUUCAAUUCUUGAUUGAACCGUAUCCGGUACUGGUCCGAUAAUAAGACAUUAUAAAUAUGCAUCCGUGCUCCACGUCUCUCCAUGCGAAUAAACCAAUUAACCAUGGCAGGGGAACAAACAGAGUCCUUAACCAGCAAAAGCAGCUCGCCGAAUACGGUGGCAGAGAAGACGUUGGCCGGCUUCGGCAACCUGGUGAAGGUGCUCCCCAGCGGCACCGUCUUCCUCUACCAGUUUCUCACCCCUCUCCUCACUGACAAAGGCAACUGCCACGCCGCCAACCAGUGGCUCACCGGUGUGCUCCUCCUCCUCUGCUCUGCCGCCUGCUGCUUCUCCUCCUUCACCGACAGCUACACCGGCCGCGACGGCAAGCUCUACUACGGCGUCGCCACCAUGCGCGGGCUGUGGCCCUUCUCGGACCCGGAUUCCGGCGACUCCGUGGACCUGUCCGAGUACAGGAUCCGGCUGGGGGACUUUGUGCACGCGCUCCUGGCGCUGGCGGUGUUCGCGGCUGUGUCGCUGUUGGACGCGGAUACCGUCGCGUGCUUCUACGCGGAGUUCGGGGAGCAGAUGAAGGCGGAGAUGAUGACGGCGAUGCCGGCGCUGGGCGCGGUGGCGGGGGCGGUGGCCGUGGUAUUCCCGUACACGCGGCAUGGGAUUGGGUACCCUCCGACCAAGAGCAGCGGCGCAACGUCGGAUUCCUCGGAUUAA